CGUACAUAAAUCAAUCGCCACGAUGUGAAGAUAAUUGAAACAACACAGCCAUAGUACUAUUAACCGUCGCACAAGCUUAUCAAGAUGCUUAGGCCUCGGAGCAGGACGCUCACUGAGGCCUCGUUGCUAACCUAAUAACUAGGCCUCGUAUGAUCAUGGUAUUUAUUUUUACCCUUACGGCGUUGUUAAUUUGUCUCUUCAAGAGUGGGCACAUAUGAGGAUGUCCGCUGCGUCUCCUUCGUCCCAUCAGUUGUCUAACUCUUGUCACGGUCAUUUCGAACACUGAGACCUUUACUAGUACUUCGGAAUGGGGGAUUACCUAGCCGUCUUCAAGAUCGGAUUCGAACCAAUUCAUGUUCCUAAGACAGCUAUUCAAAGACUUGAACAAUUUCCUAAUGGUUCAGGAGGGCUCGGUGAUGUCUGGAAAUGUUCUAUGUCUACACAAUCCGAGAUUCGCACCGUCGCUGUCAAAUCGAUCAGGGUUCCUCACACAAGUGAUGUAGAACUAGUAAAGAAAACAGGCAAGAAAAUUCGUCGUGAGGCUUAUGUUUGGAUCACGUUGUCACACGACCACAUCCUCCCUUUCGAGGGGGUCACCGAAGAUUUUGGACCACUUCCUGCGCUGCUAUCUCCAUGGAUGGAAAACGGAUCACUGAACGAUUACUUAAGGCGCGAAUUUUCCCAGCUGUCUGACCAUCGGAAACUAGAACUUAUACAACAGGUGGCUUCUGGCCUCAGUUAUCUACACGGGAAAGAUAUCGUGCAUGGCGACUUGACAGGGACGAAUGUUUUGGUUGAUAACACUGGUCGCCUCCGUCUCGCAGACUUUGGGCUAUCGAUGAUCCUCGCUGAGGCGGAAAACGCCACGUUCAACUCAUGUCAUCCAGGAAACACUCGUUGGAUGGCCCCCGAGGCUGUCGAAGACGAGAAGCCAACCAAAGCUGGGGAUAUCUAUUCGUAUGGCUGCGUGAUGUUGCAGAUCUUCUCGGGAAAGCAGCCUUACGAAUCGAUCAAAAAAGCAGGUGCCGUUAUGAACGCAAUGUUACGAGGUCGGGAGCCUUUCAACGACAUACAGAGUUAUGGGGUGCAUGGACAACUGUCAAUGCGAUGCUUGAAUAGGGAACCAGCCGAGCGCCCGACGAUCGACUAUAUCGUGCGAGAUCUGGGUCCCAGUAAUUAG